CGGGCGGGGCGGACAGGGGCGGCGCCAGGCAGCGGUGACGUGCACGGGGGACGUGACUCGCGAGCGACCGGAGCCCUGAGUCGCCCCCGGCUCGGCGCCCGGCAGCGAGGAGGGCAGAGGCCGGCGGCGGCGCAGCGGCGGCAGACGCACUGAGCUGCACAUCCAGAGGGGCCUGGGCUGCCCGAAUGAUUCUGCGAUGACUGUGGCCAGGCUGAGUGGUCUGAGGGACAGCAGAUGACAGCUGGACCCACUGCCUCAGGCAACCCAGGCCACAGGCGCUUCUCCAAAGCCAAGAGCAGGGGUGGACACUCACACCACAGGAUCGGCAGACCCGCGUUUCGGAGAGCUCGUUUGUAGGCCACCGCCAGCAGUGGGAAAAGACAGAGCUUCAGUGGGCCGCGAGCCGCUGGGUCCAAGAAGGCGCGGGCCUCGGGGCAGCUCUCCCCUCCUAGCGCCUGCAGCGAGGAGUCUCUCCUCCGGACAGCUUCUGUCAGGGACGCGGAACCUGCCCUCCUGGCCAUGGGAGGGGCCGUGGUCGACGAGGGCCCGACAGGCAUCAAGGCCCCCGACGGGGGCUGGGGCUGGGCCGUCCUCUGGGGCUGUUUCGUCAUCACGGGCUUCUCCUACGCCUUCCCCAAGGCGGUCAGCGUCUUCUUCAAGGAACUCAUGCGUGAGUUUGGGAUCGGCUACAGCGACUCGGCCUGGAUCUCCUCCAUCUUGCUGGCCAUGUUGUACGGGACAGGCCCACUGUGCAGCGUGUGUGUGAAUCGCUUUGGCUGCCGGCCUGUCAUGCUCGCAGGCGGCCUCUUGGCAUCCCUGGGCAUGGUGGCCGCGUCCUUCUGCGGAAGCAUCAUCCAGCUCUACCUCACCACUGGCGUCAUCACAGGCUUGGGUCUGGCGCUCAACUUCCAGCCGUCGCUCAUCAUGCUCAACCGCUACUUCAGCCGGCGGCGCCCCAUGGCCAACGGGCUGGCGGCGGCGGGCAGCCCCGUGUUCCUGUGCGCCCUGUCCCCGCUGGGGCAGCUGCUACAGGACCACUACGGCUGGCGGGGUGGCUUCCUUAUCCUGGGCGGCCUACUGCUCAACUGCUGUGUGUGCGCUGCACUCAUGCGGCCGCUGGAGGCGCCCCGGCCGGCUGCGGGGCCCGCACCCCCGCGGGCCCCCCGGCGGCUGCUGGACCUGAGUGUCUUCAGGGACCGCGGCUUCGUCGUCUACGCGCUGGCUGCCUCCAUCAUGGUGCUGGGGCUCUUCGUGCCACCAGUGUUCGUAGUGAGCUACGCCAAGGACCUGGGCGUGCCCGACACCCAGGCGGCCUUCCUGCUCACCGUGCUGGGCUUCAUCGACAUCUUUGCCCGGCCCACCGCUGGCUUCAUCGCAGGGCUCAAGAAGGUGCGGCCCUACUCUGUCUACCUCUUCAGCUUUGCCAUGUUCUUCAACGGCUUCACCGACCUCACGGGCUCCACGGCGAGAGACUAUGGCGGCCUGGUGGUCUUCUGCAUCUUCUUCGGCAUCUCCUACGGCAUGGUGGGGGCCCUGCAGUUCGAGGUGCUCAUGGCCAUCGUGGGCACCCAGAAGUUCUCCAGCGCCAUCGGCCUCGUGCUGCUGCUGGAGGCCAUAGCUGUGCUCAUCGGGCCCCCGUCGGGAGGCAAGCUCCUGGACGCGACGCACGUCUACCAGUACGUGUUUGUGCUGGCGGGGGCCGAGGUGCUGACCUCCUCCCUCGUGCUGGUGCUGGGCAACUUCUUCUGCAUUGGGAAGAGGCCCGAGGUGGCCACGGAGGAGGAGCGCCACAAGCCCCCCGAGGAUGUGAGGGUGGACUCUCGGGAGGUGGAGCACUUCCUGAAGACGGAGCCUGAGAAGAACGGGGAGGUGGUUCACACCCCGGAGACGAGCGUCUGAGCCGGAGGCCGGCAGGGGUUCAGGGAAUCGGACAGAGACCGUCGACGCUCGUAUUUAUUUCACAAACAGGACUAGCUGGGGUGGGGCCGUCGGCUCGGUGCCGGCUGCCCGGGCAGCGGAUCAUCGCCUGAUCAGUGUUUUUCGGGGGAGGUGGUGGGGUGGGAACGUGUCAUUCCGAGGUGGAUCUGUGGUGAAGCCAAGCCGCGAGGUUACAAGCCAUCUACCCCAGGGCCCCGCCUGCUGACCCCAGAGGCGCCCGAUGCCCACCACUGCGCUCAAGGACCUAGAAACCCGUGCUUCAGAGACAACACGGCUUUAAUCAGAGGGUGGGGCCGCUGCAGAGUGGGUGCUCCCCUGACGGGCCCUCCCUGUGUUCCUGUGGCCCCUUCCUGCCCGGGCCUCCACUGUGUGCCCCAGCCCACCCGACUCCGAGUGCCUAGAGGACAAAGCUCCCUCCUUCACGUCUGGAAGCCAGAAAAGCCUGCGUGUGGGAGGAGCUGCCCCGGGAGGAAUGUCUUCCAGGAGCUGCAGUUCUGGAGGGGCAGCGAGCGGUCUGGCCACCCACCCCAAAUCCCACUUUCUCAACAAACAGCCUGGCUAUUUUUA